AUCAUCUCUCCAGACUCUGUCAGGCUGGAGAACGGGACCAGUCUGUGUUCAGGCAGACUGGAGGUGAAGUCUAACCAGUCUACCCAGACCUGGUCCUCAGUGUGUCAACAGGACUUUGACCAGCAGGAUGCAGAGGUGGUCUGCAGGGAGCUUGGCUGUGGGGCUCCUUCAGUCCUCCAGGGGGUGCUCUAUGGAGACGUGGAGCCUCCAAUGAGGACCACAGAGUUCCAGUGUGGAGGCCAUGAGUCUGCUCUCCUGGACUGUAGAAGCUCAGGCUCAGAUAGAACCACCUGCUCACCUGGAAAACCUGUUGGACUCACCUGCUCAGAGCCUGUCAGGUUGGUGGGGGGGGCCAGUCGCUGUGCAGGGACACUGGAGGUGAAACAUAACGGAGAAUGGAGACCAGUGGUUUACUCUGAUUGGACCCUGAAGACAUCAGCUGCUGCCUGCAGAGAGUUAGACUGUGGCUCUGCUGUUUCUGUAGGAGAGAGAGAAGAGUCCUCAUACAGAUCUGUGUGGAGGAUCAGGUCUGACUGUGUUGAGUCUGGAUCUGCUCUGAGGGAGUGUGCAGCACCAGAUUUCUCCUUCUCCUCUUCUUCCUCCUUCCUUAAUCUCACCUGCUCAGGUAAGCCGUCCCCGUGCUGGGAUAACUUACAGCUGUAAUAUUGUAACGUUAAA